AUGCCGGGCGCGGGGCCCGCCGGCGCGCCGCGGCGGCGCCUGGCCGGCAAGGGGCCCGCUGCCAAGACCGCCAAGACGGUGCUGAAGAAGCCCGCGGUGCGCCGGAGGCCAGCGGCCGCGGCGGGCGAGGGCGAGGCGGGCCCGCCGCUGCCGCCCGCCGUGGUGCUGAACCUCGAGCGCCGCCAGGACAGGUGGGACGCCGUCGGCAGGCGGCUGGAGCCCCUGGGGCUGCGUUUCCGCCGCUGGGCGGCGGUGGACGGGGUGGCCUCGAGCCCGGCGGCGAUCUCCACGGACCUGGUGGCCCUCAGAUGGUCAACUGCGCGGAACUGGGAGUACGUCGUCAAGGUGUUCGAGGGCGGCAAGCAGUGCGGAUACGAGCCGAAGGAGCUGCCCCUGACCGGCGGCGAGCGCGGCUGCGCCGCCUCGCAUGCGGCCGUCUGGCGCCACGUGGCCGAGGGCGUCCACGGCGGCGGGCCACUGGUGGUGCUGGAGGACGACGCGAAGCCCACCCCCGCCUUUGCGAGCAGGCUGCCGCAGGCCCUGGCGGCCCUGCGCGAGGAGGAGCCGGACGUCCUCUUCCUGGGCUACACGCAGGCGGCGCCGUGGCGGAGGAAGGAAGAUGGAGCCGAGGGCUCCAACCGUGAUCUCGUCACGAGGGCCUCGGUUGCCGUGGCCUCGCGGCGUGGCUGGGGGCCGAAGUCCGCGAUGGCUGUGGGCCGAGGCCAGCCAGUGCGGGAAGGAGGCGCUGGUGCCGACGCCUUGCUGGUCAAUGGGAGCCUUGUCCGGGCGCGGGCGAAUCGCGCGCUUUUGCCGGUAGAAGCGCUGCGCCGCGCCGCCGUGGACGCCGAGGCCCCAGUGCUGGACGCCGAGGCCCCGCCGCUGCUGGACGCCGAGCGGCCGGGGUGGGUGCGGAAGGAGUGUGCCGCCAUGGGGCGAGCAGGAUUGAAGAAGUCAAUCGAAGCUCUCCUAGCGGUGCAUGUCCCGAGCUGGAAAAGCAUGCCUGUCGCUGCCAUGGCAGAGUACCUCGGGGUAUGGAUUGGCCCUGCUGCGAAUAUGGAGAUGUGGUCGAGGAUGUUUCGGGAGUGGGUGGAGGUGGUGCACGCGAUAACAAAGCAGCAGGCCGCUCCCUCGGUCGCCAUCCAGCUUUAUAACUCUCGUGCUGUCUCCAAAUUCUCCUACCUCUGCCAACUCGCCCCUCUCCCCAAGCAUGUGGCGCGAUGGGAGUCGUGGGCAUUGCACAAAGUCCUUCACCUCCCCUCCUGCACUUUCCCGCUCCAGGACCUCCUUGCUCUCAGGACUUGGGCCAAGGUUCGUCCCUUGUCGCUCAAGGUGCAAGCCACAGCGACCCUGUGGCGAGCCGCGGCCGUCACCAUCAAGAACUGGAGGCCGCUGUUCUGCCGCUUGCAGAAGAAGGCUAGGACCGCCCUCCCCAUCGUGCUCUGGACCCGCAAUUGUUGGUCACCGCCGUUCUGGCAGCGUAGGGCCUUUGUGCAGGAGCUGGCCGAGGCUGCAGCAGGUUUUGUCGAGAACGACUGGCUGAGGGCUCCUGUGGCUCGUGCCAAGAUCGCCCUGAAGGGCCUGCGGGAGAGGCUCCGCGAGCUCCACUACUGCGAGCCCGUGGACGCCGAGUCCGCGGAGCUCGUCGAGCGGAUCCUCGGCGACCUCGUCGCGUCCAUCGACAAGCUGCUGGGGCUGAGGCGCCAGGAGGAGGCGCAGGCCCAGCGGCUCAGCGAGACCAGGUCGGAGUUGGGCGCCCUCGAGCUCGACAACCCCCAGCUCUCCUCGGACAACAACGCCCUGCACCUCGAGCUCAUCGACGCGGGCGAGGAGGCCCUGCAAUGCCUGGAGCCCUUCGAGCCGCGGGCGCCGACGGCCGCGGCUCGCGGCGGCCACGCGGGAGCAGACGGGGCGGUCAGGGGCCGCCCCAGAGGCACGCGCAGGCGGCGCGGCGAGCAGGCGGCGCUGCGGGCGAAGGCCGCCAGUCUGGAGGAGGCCCUCGACGACUGCGCGGCGCAGGUGGCGGACCUCGAGGACGACGCGCGGCGCCACGAGGACCACGCCAGGGGCUCCGAGGAGCGUGCCGCGGAGAUCGCCCACCGCCUGGCGGGGCAGGGACCCAGCCGGGGGGCGCAGGGGAAGCGCGCCGAGCUGGCGCGGCUGAGGCGCGAGGCGGCCGAGCUGCGGCUCGCCGUGGCGCGCGGGGAGCGCGCCGCGACGCAGCUCGGCGGGCGGCGCGCCGAGCUGACCGCACAGCGCGAGGCCGCGCGCCUGGAGGUGGCGCGGCUGGCGCCCUCGCUCGAGGCGCUGCAGGGCGACGAGGCGCGCGCGGCGGCGCAGGCGCAGCAGCUGGCGGACGGCGGCGCGCGGCGGGUGCUUGCCGAGGAGCAGCAGCUGGCGGAGGCGGACCGCCGCGCGGACGAGGCGAGCGCGCAGCACGCCGCGCUCGCGGAGGAGAACGCCGAGCUCGCCGCGCAGGUGCGGGAAGCGGAGGCGGAGGCGCGCGACGCGGCGGCUGCCGCCGAGGCGCGGGCCGCAGAGGCGCGGGGCGCGGCGGGCGCCCCCGCGGCAGGCCAGCGCCCCGCCGAGUCGGCGGGCGGCACCGAGCAUCCGGCAGAGGCGGCCAGGGCGGCGCAGCUGGAGCUGCGCGCGGAGCAGGUGGAGGCCGAGUGCCUGCAGGCAGGUGAGCUGCAGGCCUCGCUGGAGGCGCAGGUCGAUGUCGCGCAGGCCUCGCUGGACGAGGCGCUGGCCCGCUGCCGCGAGCGCGAUGCCGCCUGCGAGCGUUUCGAGGCGGACGCCACGCACGGGCGUCAGCGGGCGAGGCAGAUGAGCGCGCGCGUGGGCAUGUUGCGGGCCUCGCUGCAGGACCUCGACGGCGAGCACGAGCUGCUGCUGGAGCACGCGCACGCCCAGCAGGGCGCGCUGUUCGAGGCCAGCGGGCGGCGCUGGCCAGAGCUGCGCGAGGGCACACGGCGCCUGGGCGCCAUGGUCGAGUCGCUGGACGGCGAGCACGGGCAGCGCUCCGCCGAGCUGGAGCGCGCCCUGGGCGCGGAGAGGCGGAGCCGCGACGGGCUCGCCACCGCGGAGCGCGCGUUGGAGGCGGCGACGGCGGCGCACGCCCGGGUGGAGCGGGAGGAGGUCGCGGCCGAGGAGCGGGCCGAGGUGGCGGCGGCGCAGCGGGACGACCUCGCCGAGGAGGUGGCGCGCUGGGCCGUCGAGCUUCGGGAGGAGUCGCGGCGCACGCUGCAGGCGCACGACCGCGCCGCGGCGCUGCGGGGCGCCGCUUCCGACGCCGCCGCGGAGGCGGACGCGGCGCGCCGCUCGGAGGCCGCAGACGAGCGUCGCGCGCGCGAGGAACUGGCGCGGCUCCGCCGCGCCACCGCGGCCGCCGCUGUCGAGAGGGCGCGCCUCGAGGCCCUGCGCAGCGAGGGAAGCCUGCAGGUGCGCGAGCGCGCGCAGCGCGCGGAGGAGCGGCUCGGCAGGAUGCAGCAGGAGCUCGAGCAGGUGGUCCACCGCCAUGGCGGCAUCCUCGAGGAGAUGGAGCAGGCCGACGUUCACCAGCACCAGCUCGAGGCCGAGGCGCAGGCGCUGGCGGCCCGCGCCGCGGACGCGGAGGCGCAGCUGCAGAUCCUCGGCGAGGCCCGCGCCCGCUCCCGCCAGCAGCUCGGCGCCGCCGAGGCAUCCCUCGCCCACGGGCGGCUCGCCGCCGAGAACGCCCGCCACGCUGGGCCCCUCCGCGCGGAGGCUGGGGAGCUCACGGCCCAGGUCGCGUCGGCAGAGGCUGCGCGGGACCGGCUGGGCGCGGAAGUGCAGGAGGCGCUGCAGCAGCUGGCGAGCGAGCGCCCGCCCUCGGACGCGGCUGGUGCCAGGUUGGGCGACGAGGACCGCGCCCUGACGGCCCAGGUGGAGGCCCUCCGCCGCGCCGCGCUAGAGCUGGACGAAGAGUGCGACGGCAGGCGGCGAGCGGCGGACCUGGGCGCCGAGGAGGCGGCGGAGGCCGAGAGGCGCAUGGCGGCCGAUGGCCGCGAGGCGGCGGAGGCGCGGCAGGCGGUCGAGGACCUGCGGGCGGCGGCGGAGGCAACGGCCGAGCAGCUGCAGGGGGCGCGCGCGGCGUUGGCGGAGCGCCGACGGCUGCUGCAGCAGCUGCAGGGCCGUGGCGCCGUCCUGCGGCGGGAGGCCUCCGAGGGCUCCGGCGAAGCGUCCACUAUCAUGGACGACCUGAUGCACAUGACCAGGGAGAACCAGUCGCUCCACGAGGAGAUCCGCACCCUCGAGGAUGGGGUGGGCGCGCUGGCGCGCGAGUCGCGCGGGCUGGCGCUGGAGCGGGAGCUCGGCGCACAGCAGCUGCAAGCGCUGCAGCUGGAGAGGGACGACGUGGGGCGGCUGUACCACCAGGUCUGCCAGCAGACCCGCGCGCAGUCGGCCGCCAUCGAGCGGCUCAGGGCCGAGGGCGACCUGGCGCGCAGCGCGGUGGGGGCCGUGGACUCCGACCUCCGGAGGGCGCUGCGGUGCGAGGAGGAGUGGCAGGCCCAGAGCGACCAGGUCUCCACGGACCUCGCCGUCGUGCAGGGGCAGGUGCAGGACAUGGCCGGGCGCCUGCUCCGCGCGGAGGCCUCCCACCGCGAGGCGCUGCAGGAGGACGCGCGCCUGGAGGGCGGCGUCGCCGCCGCCGCCGAGGUGUGCCGUGGCUCCAGCCUCCGCGGCGCGGCACAGCAUCGCGCGGCGGCGGCGCUGCGCGCCCGGCGGCAGCAGCUGGCCGACGCGGCGCAGCGCGCGCGCGCGGAGGCGCAGGCGCAGCGGGCCUUCGCCGCAGAGGGCUGGGAGCAGGCGAGGCGCCUGGAGGCCCUGCUGGAGGAGGGGUGGCGCCAGCUGGGGGCGCGCGAGGAGGAGAACGAGGCGCUGCGCGCGCAGCUGCAGGGGGCGCGCCCGGCGGCGGCAGCGCUGCCCGGCGCGGGCGGGCCCGAGGCCGCGCAGGCGCCGGCCGACGCGGGCGAGAUGCGGGCGGAGGUGGAGAGGCGGUACGCCGAGGUGGGGGAGCUGGACGCGGAGCAGAGCCGCCUGAUGGCGGAGGUGCUGGUCCUGCGGGCGGCCCUGCGCCAGCGGCCCCAGUGA